UUUGAGACUAAAUUGCUUCCCUGGCUCUCUUCAGCCCCCCAGAGAUCAGGAUCCGUGAAUUAUCAAUUCCAGGGGAAAGGAACAAAUGAAGGAAGAUGGAAUUGGAGAAAGGAUAAAGGAGACAGAUAUGGAGAACACGAUGACCGCGUUGGUGGAAAUUUCCCUAUCCGUAAGAAGAAAGGACGCGGUCCAUUCCGGUGGAAGAUGUACAGUGACGCAAAUCACAAGCCGAGAAACCGGGGCGGCGGAGGUGGCAACCCACGCCUGCGGUUCGAGGACGAAGACGGUGACGUGGCCAUGAAUGACCACGAUGUGCCAAGACCACGGUUUUCGCCCUAUGGAUCCAGACCGUCCCGCCGCCCGGGAAACUGGCACGAUAGUGAAGGAGGACCCUCGAAUAUUCAUGUUACAGUGAAGCCAAAUUCAGAGAGGGGCUCAAGUAACAACGCCAACACAAGGAGGAAUUGGUUUAAAAUCACUAUUCCCUAUGGAAAGAAAUAUGACAAGACCUGGCUUUUAUCAAACUUGCAGUCCAUGAGUUCAGUUCCCUUUAACCCUGUCCAGUUCCAUUAUGACGGUAAUAAGGCAUUGUUCUAUGUUGAAGAUUCAACAACUGCAAAUGCUCUGAAGCAGAUAUCCAGAAGGAUCACUGACAAAGAUUUAUACCGGGUUGUGAUCAUCAUAAACCAAUCAGCGCCGCCAUCUUCUGUCUCGAAUGAGCUCAAGGCUGAAGAGAUAGUGCACAUAAGGCAAUGCAUGAGUAAACGUUAUGAUGGGUCACAGCAGGCGCUCGACUUAAACACCGUACGCAGUGACCCAGACCUUGUCUCCCAGAAUAUUGAAGUGGUGUUAAACAGAAGGAAUUCCAUGAGCACCGUUGUCAAAAUAAUAGAAGAAAAUAUUCCAGAGCUGCUCUCUCUCAACCUGGGCAAUAACAAGCUGUACAGAUUAGAGGACCUGACAGACUUGAUUUCUAAAGCACCUGGUUUGAAAAUUUUGAAUCUUUCCAGAAAUGAGCUCAAAUCCGAAAGAGAUCUGGACAAAAUAAAAGGCUUCAAGCUGGAGGAACUUUGGUUGGAAGGGAAUCCUCUUUGUGGAAACUUUCGGGAUCAGGCUACCUACGUCAGUUCGGUCAGGGAAAAAUUUCCAAAGCUGCUCAGACUGGACGGCCAUGACCUUCCGCCUCCAAUUUCCUUUGACGUUGAAACACCGACCACACUUCCUUCUUGCAAGGGCAGUUACUUUGGUACAGAGGAAAUCAAGGUCAUUGUGACACGUUUCAUUCAGCAGUACUACUCUGUAUACGAUUCGACGGACAGGCAGGGACUGCUAGAUGCUUAUCAUGAUACGGCCUGCUGCUCGCUGAGUAUCCCCUUUACACAACAGAACCCCGCCAGGAGCAGUCUGGGAGAAUAUUUCAAAGAAAGCCGAAAUGUGAAGAGGCUCAAAGAUCCAACACUACGGGCGAGGUUGUUGAAGCAUACCAGGUUAAACGUCGUGGCCUUUCUGAACGAGCUCCCAAAGACGCAGCACGACACGGCUUCCUUCGUUGUGGACGUCAGCACACAGACAAACACGCUGCUCUGUUUUACUGUGCACGGUGUUUUCAAAGAAGUCGACAGUAAAUCGAGGGAGUCCGUGAGGGCCUUCUCGAGGGUGUUCGUUGCCGUGCCUGCUGGGAACGCAGGGCUGUGCAUUGUGAACGACCAGCUUUUCAUCAGGAACGCUACCACGGAGGAGAUCCGCAUGGCCUUUGUGACCCCCGCGCCCACGCCGUCCAGCAGUCCCGUGCCCACCCUCACCGCUCCCCAACAGGAAAUGCUGCAGCUUUUCUCACAGCAGUCGAACAUGAACAUAGAGUGGUCGCAGAAAUGCCUGCAAGACAACGACUGGGACUUCAAUCAGGCUGCGCAAAUCUUCACACAGCUCAAGGCUGAAGGCAAAAUUCCUGAAAUAGCGUUUGUGAGGCAGCUAUGAAGAAAACCAGUGUUACACUAACUACCCUUCAGAGCCAGGGCUCUGGAGUUUUCAAUGGGAGACUCGAGCUCCACCUAAACAUAUUCAAGUACAAUGUGAAAGCCUCUGGCUAUCUUAGACUCAAUACUUUUCUAGCGUUUUGCCAUUCUCAUUUCCUAGGACUAGUGUCAUCCAUGUUUAUUCAAAACUCUGGUGUACCUUUUUUUUUUGUUUUUUUUUUUGAGUUGUGUAAAGUUUUUGUGUAAGGU